GUCUGUGUGGCUGAUGUCUUCAGGCCACUGUUCCCGCUGAAGUGAGCAGUUCCCGCAGGCAGGACAGCCCCGCACUCAGAGUGAGAGUGGUGUCUGUGUGUUACUACGGCAGGGUUUCUGGGCUGAGCUGGACUGGACUGAGAGAAAAACAGCUCGAUUCCCGCUGUACAUCCAAAUGUAGAUUUCUGCAAAACGGUACAAUUCUGCUCUUAAUUACUCAACAAAUCCAAAAAUCCCUCCCAAGGGACAGUGAUGUCCUGGCUCCGUGAAAAAGGAGGGAGAAGCCCCAGUGCGAACCGGAGGAUCGAUGUGAAUACACGACAAUGAAUGACCGGGCUCAUGUUUUAGUUUCUAAACUUAGUGAAACAGAAGGUAUCCCAGAAAGGUUUGCAGAACUCAUCAAGAAGCAUUUCAACAUCAUCUACUGUGAAGAAUUCCUGAAAAAUGAAAAACUCGCUGAUAAAAUCCAGUUUAUUUUUGAAUGGGAAGGUUACCCCAGAAUAGAUGAAAAGCUUCUGAAAUCUCUACCUCAUUUGAAGGCCAUUAUAAAUCAUGGAGUCGGUGUGGACCAUCUCGACUUACCUCUGAUCAACAGUUUUGGGGUGAAGGUGGCCAACACUCCUCAUGUGGUGGACAAUGCUACUGCUGAAAUGGGCAUGGCUUUAAUGUUGGCAUCUGCCAGGAAUCUAUUGGAAGGUCAGAAGAUUUCAACUUCCCCAGAUACUAAAACGUAUCCUUUGAAUUGGUUUGGAGUCGAAGUGACUGGAGCUACACUUGGGAUCAUUGGAAUGGGACGGAUUGGAUACAAAGUUGCUCAAAGAGGCAAAGGAUUUGAGAUGAAAAUUCUGUAUCACAAUAGGAACAGGAGGACUGAGGAAGAAGAGAGGCUGGUUGGGGCUUGUUACUGUGCAAAAAUUGAUGAUCUCCUCCUGAAGUCAGAUUUUGUGAUGAUUGUAGUAAGCUUGACUCCUCAAACUUCCAAAAUGAUUGGGGAAAGAGAGCUCAGUCUAAUGAAACCCAACGCUACUCUUAUUAAUAUCUCCCGUGGUGGAGUGAUUGAUCAGGAUGCUUUGGUGAAAGCGCUUCAGAAUGGGGUUAUUCGUGCAGCAGCACUAGAUGUCUCUGAACCAGAGCCCCUUCCGAGGAAUCAUCCUUUACUACACCUACCAAAUGUCAUUCUGACUCCCCACAUUGGAACUGCCACUGAAAAGACCACUCGUGAAAUGCUGGAGAAAAUGAUUGAAAAUGCUGUGGCUGCUGUUCGUGGAUUUCCGAUGCCUGACGAAGUGCUGCUGUCAUGAUGGGUAUAAGCAGUAGAUAUUUGUGAUGCUUUGAUACUAAUACAUCGUAGGAAUGACCACCUCAACAUCAGUUCAUUCAAAAUAAACAUUCAACAGUUGGAGUGAAGAAAUAAGGUUUUAUAUCCUGUUGUUCACCAAAAUAAUACUGGGAUUUUCUUUUUCCCUCCUUUCAUAUUAAUUCAUACAAUUCAGGCCAACUCUCAUACUGAAACAUAAGAAUCUUCAUGCAGAUAUGACAAGAUGAAUAAUGAAUUGACUUAACAAGUAAAACAUAGUGAUUCUACUUCUGCCCACCAACACUAUAUUCAUCAGACCCAGCCCAGGAACAGGGGCUCAUCAAUACUGAGGCCCACCUCUGUUCAUUGAAAUAACAGCCCAGUCUGGUGAUGUGCACAGCUCCCCUUGAUAUUCACUCCCUUACCACCCCUGCAAGACAGCCCUCAUCUUAACUUAUCUCUGAGCUGAGUCAUCUAGUAACCACAAUAACAAGCGCUCACAAGCUCUAUGAUAACAUCAGAAAUCCUUGGGAAGGUGAUAAAUCGGAUAAAAUAAACAAACAUUGCUUGAAUUGCACUUUCAAACCAUGAUCUCAGACCAGAUCAAAAUCUGUCAAAAUAAAAAAGUUCAUAUUCUGUUUGACCACUAUGUGAACUAACCCUCAUGAGCAGAAUCAAAUAGUUGAUCUGAAAGUCAGCCAACUAUUCGUAACAAAAUUCCAUUGAAGAACUGGGUCAACAAACUCUGCUCGACUUAAUUUAGUAAAACAUUUGAAGAUAAUCAGAGGCCUUCUGCCAAAGCUUUAAAACCAAGCAAAUGGAUGAACUAAACUUCAAAAAAACUAUCUAAGCUGUGGGCACAUUUCACACGGUCAGUUCUAGAUUUCAUCAUUGUCCAUUUAAAGGCGUGAAGUAGGAGCAAGAGUAGGCCUAUCAAACCUGUUCCUCCAUUCAUUACAUCAUGGUAGAUCCGUUUGUGGUCUCAACUCCCCAAUUUUACCUACCUGACAACAUUUGACUACCUUGUUAGUCAAGAGGAAUACAACAGUUAUACAAUCCAGAAUAGCAUUUUAUCCAAGGAUGAUAUAUUUAAUUAUGUCUGAAAACUUCCUAUUUUCACAAUAACAUUCAUUCUUUGACCAGCUCAUUAGAUGUCAGAGGCACCAUAAUAUUUUAUGAUCACUAACCAUUCUGAAAUAAGCUGCAUCACCACUCACUAUAUUUAAAUAGACACAGUCAAUGAUAUGGAAUUUUGUAAUGAGGUGUGAAUUAGGCACAGGGGCUCCGUGGUUAGCACUGCUGCCUUACAGCACCAGAGACCCGGGUUUGAUUCCAGCCUCAGGCAACUGUCUGUGUGGAGUUUGCACAUUCCCUCUGUGUUGCAUGGGUUCCCUCCGGGUGCACUGGUUUCCUCCCACAGUCUGAAGAUGUGCAAGUUAGGUGAAUUGGCAAUGCUAAAUUGCCCAUAGUGUUCAGGGGUGUGCAGAUUUAGGUUGGUUAGCCGUGGGAAAUGCAGAGAUCAGGAUGCUCCUCGGAAGAUUGGUGUGGACUCGAUGGGCUGAAUGGCCUGCUUCCACGCUGUAAAGAUUCUAUGUAACACCUUAUGCUUGACCUUUCAUAUGAUUUCCAUCUCCAAACAAUGGUUUGCAAUACUUCUUGUCACAUGAUUUAUGCUAUUUUCCAAAACUGGCCCAAUUCCACCAAGUUUGAAAAUAACCACUUCUGCAAUUGUGCCAACAUGUAAAGGCCAUAGAUAGGACUCUAUAUCUAUGCCCUUAGUCCACACAAUGGAAAAUUUGUACUGUUGAGAAUCCCAGACUGAGGUCCUGCAGACUAUUUUUCAACUUUCUCAAUGCACUUGUGACCCACACAUCAGGGCUGGAAAAUCCAGCGUUUUGUGCUGUGUAGCCCAGGGUGAGAUAGUCGUCAGAACUGGCCGCCCAUUUGGAAUUAUUUGCCAUUGGUUAAAUUCACAAACCCGAAAAGAAAGUUCCCACACUCAUGAUUCAUAAUGGCCGGUAGCCAUUACUUCAGUGUAGUAGACUUGAAUCCACUUAUUUUAACUGAUUUGGCAAGAUUUUGUCCCAUUGUCAGUUUUAUUCCCGAGAUCAUAUAUGCAGAUCAACACAUAACCUGUGUAAAUUACAGCCUUUUUAGUUGAUAACUGCUGUCUUAACAGUUAAUUUAACCUGAUAUAAAAUGUAUUUUGCUGAAUAAUUUAAAUUAUACAGAUUAUGAGUGAAGUGUAAAAGA